CGCAUACAGAACAACACAACGCUGAAGUUACAGACAGAAGUUCUGUUUUACAGGAAGAAAUGAUCGACAUUAGGACUUCUACUGUACAAAUAUAAAGAAGUCCUCAUGGAUCUGAGUGAGGAGGAAUCAGCCCCUCUGGUCAUCAGAGACCGGGGAGGCAGCCAGAGGUCCAGUUCUAGUACUGGUCCCGGUUUGCAAGUCCACCUCUACUUCUUCCCUGCAACAAAGGAUGCAAAUAUGAUGUACAUAUCAUUUGGACAAAUCUCUGCUGAAAAUGUCUGCAUCCAAGCAGCCAUGAAAUGUGGAAUCCUGCCAGUCUACCAAAGCCUUUUUGCUCUGGCUUCUUCUGACCUCUCAUUUUGGUAUCCUCCAUCACACAUGUUCAACACAGAUGAAAACUUACAAGUUCAUUUUAGAGUCAGGUUCUUCUUUGGAAACUGGUAUGAAAAUGGACCAAGAACAUCUUAUCGCUACAGUCUGACCAGAGACAGCAUCAGUCCUGUGCUUGACUACUGUGUCAUCAAUUAUCUUUUUGCUCAGCUGAGGAAUGACUUCAUUGCCAGUGAGGCUGGAGUGUCUCCACCUUUGAGUGCCCAAGAGGAGUGCCUCGGUCUGGCAGUGCUGGACUUGUGGAGAAUGGCUAAAGAGCGCCGUCAGAGUGUAAGGGAGCUCUGCAAGUCUGUCAGCUACAAAUCAUGCCUUCCUAAGUCACAUCGUCAUGACAUCCAGAAGCGAAAUCGCUUGGAUCGAUAUAGAAUCCGAAACACCCUCAAGCAUUUCUUAAAGAAGCUUGGGAACUGCUCAGUGGAUGAGUGCAGCUUAAAACUCAAGUACCUGAUUGAACUGGCAAGGAUUGAGCCGUCUCUGGGCAACGAAAUCUUCAAAGUGAAUCCUUCUUCGUCCGAGUCAAAGUCAUCGUUCACUCUUCUGCGGGUCACCGGAGAGGAUGGAAUUCAAACCAAUGGAAGUUCUGAUCCAGAUGACGUCAUGGAGUGGCAGACCUUCUGUGAUUUCCAAGAAAUUAUCGACAUCAGUAUAAAGAGAGUGUGUCAUGAAAAUGUUCCACAAGAUAGCAGGAUGGUGACAAUAACCCGCAGAGAUGACAGAUGUUUGGAAGCCAAGUUCCCAAGUCUUAAGGAAGCUCUUUCAUUUGUGUCCCUUGUUGACGGCUACUUCAGACUGACCACAGACUCCACCCACUACUUCUGUCAAGAUAUUGCCCCUCCAAGUAUUCUUGAGGGCAUAAGAAACCAUUGUCAUGGCCCUAUAACAUCAGAGUUUGCAGUGCACAAGUUAAAAAGGUCUGGAUUCAAAGGCGGCACCUUCCUUCUGCGGCAGAGUCCCGAGAACUAUGACAACUUCUUCCUGACUGUUUGUGUUCAGACUCCACUGGGACUGGAUUAUAAAGACUGUCUCAUUAUAAAGAAUGAGACCUUCAGUCUUCCUGGGGUCCACAAAACUUUUUCCAGCUUGAGAGAACUCACCAACUUUUACCAACACAACAAGCUGCUUCUGGCUGAAGUACCUGUUAAACUGGGCCACUGCUGUCCACCACGAUCCAAAGACCUGACAAACCUCAUCAUCAUCCGCAAAAGCAGCUCUGUUGAAGCUCAAGAGUCCCCAACGCCUGAAAGAAACAAAUUCAGUCACAUCCAGUUCCACAUGAUCAAAUAUGAGGACCUGAAAUGGGAUGAAAGCCUUGGACAGGGAUCGUUUUCCCGAAUAUUCAGAGGCACCAAAAUGGACAUUCGUGACGGGGAGAAACGUGAGACCGAAGUUCUUCUCAAAGAACUUGAUGGGCUUCACAAGAACUGUUGGGAGUCGUUCUUUGAAGCUGCCAGUUUGAUGAGUCAGAUUUCACACAGACACCUCCUUCUUGUGUAUGGCGUUAGUGUUUUUGGAGCAAAAAACAUCAUGGUGCAGGAAUUUGUCAAGUAUGGGGCCCUUGACCUGUACUUGAAGAGGGGGAGAUCUGUUUCAGUGAGCUGGAAACUUGACGUAGCCAAACAGCUUGCAUCAGCCCUCAACUUUCUGGAGGAGAAGAACAUUGUUCAUGGAAAUAUCUGUGCCAAAAAUCUGCUACUGGCCAGAGAGGGUGAUCCAUCACAGGGAAGCUCUCCUUUCAUCAAGCUGAGUGAUCCAGGCAUCAAUGUUGCAUUUCUGGACAAGGAUGUGAUCCUAGACCGGAUACCUUGGGUGGCCCCUGAGGUGCUGGAGGCCCCAGACAACCUGACCCUGGAGUGUGAUAAAUGGAGCUUUGGUGCCACUUUGUGGGAAAUCUUCAACAAUGGGAAUGCUCCACUCAGGGGCUGGGAUCUGGACAGGAAGCGGCAGUUUUAUGAGACCUUUCAACAGCUGCCUCCCUCCCAGUGGACAGAACUAGCUGAUCUGAUCAGUCAGUGUAUGGACUACCAGGCAGCCUUCAGACCGUCCUGUCGCAGCAUCAUCCGUCAACUCAACAGUCUAAUCACAUCAGACUAUGUCAUACUACAUGCUACUGAACCAGUGACGCAGAGCCCUGUUUGGCGAGCUCUCAGCCCUGCCCAACAUGAUCAGACAUUAUUUGAGGAGAGACACUUGCGUUACAUCUCGCCUCUGGGAAAAGGAAAUUUUGGCAGUGUUGAACUUUGUCGGUAUGACCCACUGGGCGAUAACACCGGUGAGUUGGUCGCUGUCAAGAAGCUGCAACCGAACAAGCAGUCGACCCUGAAGGACUUCCAGAAGGAGGUCAACACCCUCAGCGUUAUGCACUGCGACUACAUUGUCAAGUACAGAGGAGUGUGCUACAGCAUGGGUCGCCUCAGUAUGAGUUUGGUGAUGGAGUACCUGCCAUACGGGAGCCUGAUUGGUUACUUAGAGAGUAACGGACAUAAAGUCAACACCAGGCGCCUGAUACUGUUCGCUUCUCAGAUCUGUAAGGGGAUGGAGUACCUGCAGACCUUGCGUUAUGUACAUCGUGACCUUGCAGCCAGAAAUAUUCUUGUGGCCAGUGAGUCACUGGUGAAAAUUGCUGACUUUGGACUGACCAAGAUUAUUCCUAGUGACAAAGAGUACUACCGAGUCACACAGCCUGGAGAGAGCCCCAUAUUCUGGUAUGCUCCAGAGUCCCUCAAUGAGUCCAAGUUCUCACACAAAUCAGAUGUCUGGAGCUUUGGAGUGGUUCUUCAUGAGCUCUUCUCCUACUGUGACAUGAGCUCCAACCCAAAAAGACUGUGCAUGCAGGAGAUUGGACACAUUGUACAAGGUCCGUCUAUUUCAAUGCAUCUGGCAAAUAUUCUGAAGAAUAACUGGAGGCUGCCAGCUCCUCCAAAGUGUCCUCCCAAGGUGUACAGUUUAAUGAAGCAGUGCUGGGUGUACAACUUUGAGGAACGGCCAUGUUUCUUCAGUCUUGGAAACCAGAUUGAAACCAUCAUGCAGGAGGAGAGAGAAAACUUUAAAGGCUGACAAGGAUCUCUCAGGUCGCUCAAUCAUUAACUCAGGUGAAGGAGCAAAAAUGUAAAAAAACAUCUCACAUGUAAUGACAUUUCUGCAAGUCCAGAAUGACAGAAAUAAAAUGUAAGGUACACUGGACUGAACACUGGUGUUAUAGAUCAGAAGUACGAGUUGAAUUCUGUGUGUAAAUAGAUUUUAAGAGUUUCAAAAACUGAAAAAGAACUGUGUGACAUGUUUUUUUUUUUUUUUUUAUCUCUGCUAUUUUUCCAUUCUGAUUUCAUAUAGUAGUAAUCUGUGCUAAGAUGAAGAUUUUUCUACAUAUUAAUAUUAAGUUCUGCUUUUUUAUUUAUAUUUUUAAUAAGCUUUUAAAAACUUCUAAAAUUCUUGCCUAAAAUGUUAAACAACUCUGUUUUUUCAUGCAGAAUAAAUUGACAAUAAUAAAAAACUACUGAAAUGCACGGACUCCAUUUCUGGAAAAGUCUCUACAUUUGCUAAAAUGCAAUACAAAUUUAAAUGUGUGAUUUGUUACUUCACUUAAACUUUUAUAGUACAAAGAUUUUCAGUGUUUAAAAUUUCAUUGUAUUUAGUAAAUUUAAACAAAUAGAAAAGUGGAUGGCAGAUCAUUUUUUAU